AUGACAAGAAGAUCCUGGAACUCAUGUCCAACAUCAUCCAGCUGCUGACUGGAGAGGUUGCCAUAAGGACUCAUCAUGUUUCCAUCUAUUUUUCCUUGGACGAGUGGGACUAUAUAAAAGGAAACAGGGACCUUUAUGAGGAAAGAGAGGAGGACCCACAGAAGCUCCGCCCACCGGACAGUGAAUAUGAAGAUAAGAGAGAUAUCACAGCUGAUCUGGGAGGAACAUUAUAUUAUAAUAAUGAGCCAAGCAAGAUUGGGGCUGAAGGAGCAGAUUUUUGUGUUGAAGGAAACAUCUCAAACCCUAAAAAUUCCCCAGUGGAACAACCCCCACCAGCCAAUGGGAUUAAAGAGGAAACGGCUUCAUGUGAAGCGGGAAACCAAUCACAUUGUAGCAUUAAUCAACUUACAGAACAGUUCCAGGGAACAGAUACACCUAUUCCUAUCAUGGGAUGCAGCCUGAAUAACAGCCUGGCAGCUAAUUAUAUGUCAGUUGUUAUUAAAGAGGAAACGGCUUCAUGGGAAGAAGAAAAGCACCUUGCAGAACAAACUCAAUCGACUCUCAAGGGUUGUAGACUGAAUAACAACUUGUUCUCUAAGGAUACAUCAGAUGGAAUUAACGGGGAGUUGGUUUUAUGGCAAAUAGACCAUAAUUACUGCAAGAUAAAUACAAUUUCAGGACAGAUACAGAGAACAGAUAAAAUAGCUGAUAUUAUGGACUGCAGCCUGACUAACAACUCACAAGGUGAUUAUGUAUCAUUUGUUAUUAAGGAGGAAGCAGCUUCAUGCGAAGAGGAUAACCAAUCAGAUUGCAGCAUUAAUCCACUUACAGAACAGAUACAGGAAACAGAUACACCUACUCCUAUCAUGGGAUCCAGCCUCUUAAUAAAGGAUAAUAAAGAUGAUAAAAAUGCAGAGACGUCCCCACAUGGACAACAUUUAACAAAAGAGAUUAUUCAUAAGAAAUAUUGUUGCAGUCAGUGCCACAGACAAUUUCUUCAAAAAAGAGACGUUGUUAGACAUGAAAGAACUCAUACAAGUCAGAUACACGAUUCUCCUCACAGAAAUCUUUAUACUCAUCUUAAUGUUCAUACAGCUAAGAAACCCUUGUCUUGUUCUGAAUGCGAGAAAUGUUUUACCAGAUUAUCAGAUUUUAUUGUCCAUCAACAAAACCACAUGGGAGAAAAUCCUUAUUCUUGCUCUGAAUGUGGGAGAUGUUUCCUAACUAAUGAUCUCCUUGCUCGCCAUCAAAAGACUCACACAGGGGAAAAAACAUUUUCUUGUUCUGAAUGUGAGAAAUGCUUUACCAGAUCAUCAGAACUUACUGACCAUCAACGAACCCACACAGGAGAGAAACCUUAUUCUUGUUCUGAAUGUGGGAAAUGUUUUACCAGAUCAUCAGAACUUACUGACCAUCAACGAACCCACACAGGAGAGAAACCUUAUUCUUGUUCUGAAUGUGGGAAAUGUUUUUUGAAAAAAAUGAACCUUAAAUAUCAUCAGAGAACUCACACAGGGGAGAAACCAUUUCCUUGUUCUGAAUGUGGGAAAUGUUUUGCCAGAUCAUCAGAACUUACUGCCCAUCACAGAACUCACACAGGAGAGAAACCAUUUUCUUGUUCUGAAUGUGGGAAGUGUUAUACCAGUGCAUCAUAUCUUACUAUCCAUCAACGAUCACACACAGGAGAGAAACCUUAUUCUUGUUCUGAAUGUGGGAAAGGUUUUUCAAAUCAAAGGAGCCUAAGAUAUCAUCACAAAGCCCACACGGGAGAGAAACCUUUUUCUUGUUCGCAAUGUGGGAAAAGUUUUUCAAAAAAAUGUAACCGUAACAAUCAUUACAGAACCCACACAGGGAUGAAACCUUUCUCUUGUUCAGAAUGUGGGAAAUGUUUUACCAGUUCAUCAUAUCUUACUGUCCAUCAACGAUCCCAUACUGGAGAGAAACCUUAUUCUUGUUGUGAAUGUGGGAAAUGUUUUACAUGUAACAGUAGUCUUAAAGCACACUUAAAACUGCACAAAGGAGGAAAACCAUAGGUUUUAAUUUGGAAACCUAAGUGGUAAUUUACUUCUUUGGAGCAGUUAUUUCUCUUUCUUGGGUUUAAAGGAUAAAUGAAAAGAAAACUAAUUUUGUAGGCAAUUAUAAGUAAUAUAUGGUGUUGCUUUUA